AGUGUCCGAUGCACGUCACUUCCUCCUUCAGGAACGGUCUGACGUGUGUGCUCCACCGACCAGCACCGAGCGGCCUGCUCUAUCUCUUGGCAUUGAACAACUGAGCUCCGGCUGGCAGCAGCAGUGCAGCACACCAGCCCGCCUAGCCGUUUCAUCCUUUCCCAUUGCCCCUGGGCUGGAAUCGCGACAAUGGAUCCCGAGCUCCGUUGACGGCGGCCCAGUCGUAUGCAUGACAUUGAGGUGAUUUCCAACCGGCUGUUCCCGACCCACCAACAUUGUAGCCGUCUAGCUGCUGUUAUCACUCCCUUUCCUCCUUUUAUCCUUUGCUCCCGAAUCCAACAACACUUUGUUACAACCCAACAGUCGCAUUCCCUCCCAACGCCCAUCUAGAACCCCGCGAUCCCCUCCAAGCUCCCCUCCAAGUCCGCUUCUAAGAUUGUGAUAGCUCGGGCAGCAACAAAGCUCUUAUCUUGCGACACAAUGGCCACCCCAGGCCGUUUGACCUUCCUAUAUCCUCAGCUCUUCCGCACAGGAGCUCUCUGGUCCGAGCCAGCCGCCGCUCGCGUCGCCCGCAAGCCUCGUCGUCAUGUCGCUCCUCACUCUUCUCAGCCAUCAUGCUGCGCGCAUACCGCUUCAGCUCCUUUCUCGAGCUCCGCCUCCCGGAGGCAAGCCGCCUUUGUCAAAUACGGAAAGGCCGUAGAACCACAGCCAUUACAUGAAGAGACACCAACAACGUCUUCCGACCCAAAACCAAGCGCCGACCCGAAACCCAAUGCUGCCCCGGCAGAGAAGCAGCAGCAGCAGCCAGAAAAGAGCGAGCCAACAACACCAACAGAAGGCGUUCCCGAUGGGCCCAAGACAGCCCCAAGCUCCGGGACCCCCGAACAACUACCCACAGCAGCCGCCGCGAAAACCGGUUCAGAUCCAACAGCAGACAAGAGCAGCACCACGACGCCCAUGGAAACAAUUCUCUACAUGGAACCGCCUUCAUCAGACCACACCACGCGCCUCCUCACCGACCCCGACCACGGCAAUGGCCGACCACCGCACCUCCAACCUCCUCCCUACGUGCACCACUUCGACAGCUACUCGCUCGUCAAACAGCUCUCGGCCGGCGGCUACACGCUCACGCAAGCCAUCACGGCGAUGAAGGCCGUUCGCGGGCUGCUGGCUACGAAUCUGGACGUGGCCCAGGCCGGGCUGGUGAGCAAGAGCGACGUGGAGAACGAGUCAUAUCUGUUUCGCGCGGCGUGCUCGGAGCUGAGCACCGAGGUGAAAAACAACCGGCGGGUGGCGGACGAGCAGCUUCGGCAGCAGCGCACGCACCUGCUUCACGAGGUGGACAUACUCACGCAGAGGCUCAACCAGGAGCUGUUGACGCUGAACGAUAACGUGCGCGGCAUGUUCAACGAUAGGAAAAUGGCGGUGAGGGAGGAGCAGAAGGCUGUUGAUAGUCGUAUUCAACAGAUAAACUACAAAAUCUCCGUCAUGCUCAACAGCGACGCCCGCUCCGACAUCGAAGCCCUGCGCUGGGUUCUCAUCCGCCGGUCCGUGGUAGGAAUACUGUUCAUGGCGGUCGCGACCCUCGGCACCCUGCGCUACGCCACUUUUGUGAACCACGAGCGACAGAAGGAGGUCGACAGAAAGAAGCGCGAAGCUGAGGAGGCCAGGAGACAUGAUGGCACGAGGGACGGCGCGCCGGCGCCGAUGGCGGCGGAAAUACUCGCGGCGAACUAGAAGUAGUCGCAUUGUGAUCCCGAAACACGAACGCAUCAGUAUAGGCAGCAUAUGAAGGAAGCGAAAGGGGCGGGUUUGGAUGUUCAAGGACGUUCAUAUAACGGUGGUUUGCACGUCUGUCGUUAAACCCCCGAGGCAUUGGGCAAUUAGGAAUAGGGGUUAGGGUUAAAGCAGGAGAUACCCAAGUAAACAAUGACAGAAAAGGGGGGGGCUCAACUCAGCCACCCCCAGUUUCCCAUCUCAACUCAAAUCAAAAGCCAAGGCACACCCCU